AGGAGGAGAGGCGCAUGCUGAGGCUGAGAGGCUGAGAGCUCCACGCUGCGCUCAGCGGUGCUCUUUUCUUCGCGCGUUUCAACGCGUUUCGAAGCGUUUUCGAGCGCGAUCGGGUGUUAUCGCGCCGAUAGGUGAAACCGUGGGCGUUUCGUACACGAAAUAUCUAUGGACGUAGUUGGACGCGCGCGCGAUCGUAGAUCUCCUCGACACCCACCGAAUUGCAUAGGGCAUGGCAAGUUCAUGCUUCAGUGAUGUGGACGAAUAUGGUUUCGAACGACCACACGACUUUGAUUAUGAAACAUACGAAGAUUUUAUGUCCGAGUACCUUAAGGUACUCGCAAAGAUGGCCAAAAAGUGGACGAAAAUUAUCGGUGAGGGAAAGUCUCUACGAAGCAUUACGAUCAAGAAAUACGUUCGUAAAGGCAUUCCAGGAGAACAUAGAGGAUUGGUAUGGCUCGCUGUAAGCGGUGGUGAAGAUAUGAAGAAUGCGUCGCCAGAUCUUUAUCAAAAGUUACUAUUAUCUCCUCACAAUGUAGAAACCGCUGAGAUUAUUAAAACUGAUCUUCCAAGAACAUUUCCAGACAAUAUAUUCUUUAAUAAUACAGAGAAUCAGCAGCAUCAAUUAUAUAAUGUUUUGUUAGCUUUCGCUCAUCAGAACAAAACUGUUGGAUAUUGCCAGGGUUUAAACUACAUAGCGGGUUUACUUUUGCUUGUAACAAAAAGCGAAGAAACAGCAUUUUGGUUAUUAAAAGUGUUGAUUGAUAAAAUUCUACCAGAUUAUUAUACAUGUACUAUGGAUGGCCUACUCACUGAUAUUGAUGUGCUUGCAGAAUUAGUAAGGAUAAAAAUGCCUGAUGUGUAUCAGCACGUAACAAAUGUAGGCCUGCCUUGGCCAGUAAUUACGACUAAAUGGUUUGUGUGUUUGUUUGCUGAAGUUUUACCUAUAGAGACUACUCUGCGUAUUUGGGAUUGUCUUUUUUACGAGGGUACCAAGAUUAUCUUCCGUGUCGCAUUGACACUUAUAAAAAGGAAUAAAUCUAAUCUAUUAGCUUGUCAAGAUUUUACAACGCUAGCUGAAUGUUUUAAGGAAAUUACGAAAGAUAGUAUUGUUUUACGAUGUCACGAGUUUAUGCAAAGUAUUUUUAAAGUACCUGGAUCACUGCCUGGAAACACAAUAGCAAAACUAAGAACAAAGCAUAUGCAACAACGUAUAAAACGAAAACAAGAUAAGUUAGAACGAUAGUAUUAAUAACCAAUUUUUUUCACAUACA